UAAUGCAGUUUACCUAUGUACAGGCUCCAUAUAGGUAGUACAACAAUAUACUAGACAGAACCAAACCUUUAAAAGUUGUCAAAUUAGUUUUGUUCUCUUUACACGAUGGAUGGGUAAUGGCCGAAACAGAAAAGAUGCACUUAAAAAUUAUAGAGGGUUGUCGCCUACCUGUAAAAAGAGACCUUGAAGGCCAAUAUGAGUGGCAUUUGGCCGAGGUUUUAAGCACAAGGGAAAACAAUGGAAACUGCAUGUACUAUGUUCAUUAUGUGGAUUUUAACAAAAGAUUGGAUGAAUGGGUGGCAAAAGACAGAGUGGAUUUGUCAAAGAUUCAGCUUCCUAAAAAGGAAAAAUCUUCACACAAAAGAUCCGCAGAUUCCCGGCCAUGUAGUCCUGACAGAGAAGUUAUUGUGAACGGCAUCACUCAUUCUGACUGCCAACCAGCUGUGAAGAAAGCUCCAAACAAAUUUCCAAGAAAGCGAAAAAUAGUGGACGGGACAUCAGAUGAGGUUGACUCACAGGAAUCAGAGGCAGCUCCCAGGCAAACAGGGAGCAUGACUGUCCACGUUAACGAGGAUAAAGUCAGCAGGAUAAAAAACAUCAACUGUAUUGAGGUGGGGAAGUACAGGUUAAAACCUUGGUAUUUCUCACCAUAUCCCAUUGAGUUGACAAAAUACAGCAUCGUAUAUCUAUGUGAAUGGUGUUUAAAGUAUGUUAAAAGUAUCACCUGCCUUCAAAGGCACCUGGCAAAGUGCCAGCUAAGGUACCCCCCUGGUAAUGAAAUAUACAGGAAAUCGAAUAUUUCAUUUUUUGAGAUUGACGGCCGCAAAAACAAAUCGUACGCCCAAAACCUGUGUCUACUUGCCAAAUGUUUCCUGGAUCACAAAACCCUUUAUUACGAUACGGAUCCUUUCUUAUUCUAUGUGAUGACAGAAUACGAUUCAAAAGGUUUUCAUCUUGUUGGUUAUUUCUCUAAGGAGAAAGAAUCAACUGAAGAUUACAACGUAGCUUGUAUUUUAACGUUGCCGCCUCAUCAAAGAAAGGGGUUUGGAAAACUAUUGAUUGAAUUCAGUUACGCUUUAUCACGAAUAGAAGGCAAGGCAGGAACACCGGAAAAACCACUUUCGGAUCUCGGCCUCUUGUCCUACCGAUCUUAUUGGACGAAUACGAUACUCGGUAUCAUUAUUGGGUUGAAACCUGAACCAGGGCAGGAGAAACCUCAAAUUACAAUCAACGAAAUAUGCGAAAAAACGUGUGUGAAAAAAGAAGAUGUGAUCUCCACUCUACAACACCUUAACCUUAUAAACUACUACAAAGGACAAUACAUCAUAGUGCUCACUGAGGACGUCAUAGAGGGCCACAAACGAUCAAUGUCAAAGCGGAAAAUGCGAAUCGAACUGAGAUGUUUACAUUGGACGCCAAAGGAUUGGAGUAAACGGGGCAAGUGGUGAAACACAGUUCUUACAACGCUACAUAUAUAACACUGUAGUCACCUGGCCACGAGUUCUAUGGAAGCUACCUUAGCGAUCAAGACGUGUAGGGAUAAACAAGUGGGACGUUUACAUGCGCGUUUGGUAUUUUUAUACCAAUUUGGAUAUCCAAAAAAAGUGCCUAUGUACCAACGACCACAACGACAAUAGAAUGAUUUUGUAUUUCGUUUGUUGCCAUUCAACCAAUUCAACAUCUUUGGUUUUGUUUUUAGCGUUUUCGAAAAUUAAACAAACCAGUUCCGGCA